AUGGAUCCAGGAGGACAUGCUGAAGCAACCGGCAUUGAGCCCAAUAACGAUGAAGAGAUAGAUUCCGCCUUCGGCGAAGGUGAUUCAACUUACACUGCAACGCUCCGGUCUAGUCUUCUAGAAAGUGUGCAGGAAAACGGCCGAGGCUAUCACAAGUACAGAGAUGGCGUGUAUAUACUUCCCGAAGAUGCACGAGAACAGGAGCGACUCGAUCUGCAGCACGAAAUGUUCCUACGCUCCUUGGACAGAAAACUUUAUCUCGCCCCCAUUGACGAACCCGUCCAUGAAGCAUUAGACCUUGGGACAGGAACAGGUACAUGGGCCAUAGACUUUGCGGAUCAGCAUCCAGAGGCGAAUGUCGUCGGUGUCGAUCUGAGUCCAAUCCAGCCCAGUUGGGUUCCGCCGAAUUGUAGAUUCGUGGUGGAUGACUUCGACAAGGAGUGGGCAUACAAAACAAAGUUCGAUUUCAUUCAUGGGCGGAUGCUGCUCACAUCGAGUGCAGACUUUCCGACAUUAUUCCAAAGAGCAUAUGAUUCUCUACGGCCAGGGGGUUGGAUUGAGAUGCAGGAUUUAUAUAUGCCCCUCAAGUGCGAUGAUGGUUCUAUGGAUGGUACCACGUAUCAGCAAUGGAAUGAACUGUACAUACAGGCUUGUUCGAAGCUAGGAAGGGAUCCUUCUUAUACCGCAAAAUAUAAGGAAUGGAUGACCACGGCUGGGUUUGACGGCGUUGAGGAAGAAGUAUUCAAAUGGCCAGUAAAUACCUGGCCGAAAGAUGACAAGCUAAAGGAGAUGGGUAGUUGGAAUUUGAUCAAUAUGCUCGAUGGUCUGGAAGGAUUCACUGUACGACUGUGGACUAUGGCGUUAGAAAUGAGCACGGAAGAGAUCGAGGUUAUACUUGCUGGCGUGAGGAAGGAUGUUCAGGAUAAGAGGAUACAUUCAUACUGGCCGAUGUACGUUGUCUACGGUCGAAAACCCAGCUCGGGUCCUGGGUAG